UCUCCAGCUGUAGAAAUUUACUCAUCUAAACUCUAGACAUCUACAGCUAUCAAAGAUUCCUUCUUUUUGAAACCUCCACCAGAGCGAUGAUGAAGUUCCUGAACAUUCUUGUGUGCUGCAUAGCGUUGGGCCACAGCGUCUUCCCGAUGGUCCGUGCCAUCGCCAUGCACAAUCGUGGUGGAGGCUGGGGAGGUCCCAUUGUGGCGUCACGCCGUGACGCAGAAGGACCGGAUGUGUCGUCACUCGUCAGCUCUAUCCAAGAGUUGCUGGAGAAAGCCAAGAAAGUGGACCCCGAAAAGGUAAGAGAGGUCAUUGAUGAUGUGGCAAACAAGUUCAACGGAGCUACCUCUGUUUCGGCUUUGUUUGAUGAUCCGAUGGACUUUGAUGCCAGCAAGAUGGACUCUGCCCUUCAUCUUCUGGAUGGUCUAGCGGCCAAGGCCCAGGAGAUGCAAG